UUUAAACUUAAUAUCUUGCGUAAGAUUGGGAUGUAAUACAUCCAAAUGACGACAGAAUCUAAUUGUAGGGCAUUAUCGUACAUCAGAAGGUAAACCUCGGUGGUUAGGCAAUUUAUUACUUCAUUCUCGAAGAUAUACAGGAGUCACGAACAUGCCAAUUACGUUAUGGCUUAUGAUAAGUAUGAUGAUCGAAGAACGGCUGUUUGACUACUAAGAAUCAUAGUAUCUCGUUAACAUUAAUUAUUUUGAUCUUUUUAAACUUGGCUCCCAAUAACGUAGAAAAUGUGAUGUUAUGUCUCUUGUCUUGUGGCCUCUCACUAUACCAUAAAGAUGAGGGAAAAUUUUAGUGCCGAAGCAAGAAGAGAUGGAUUAUGUUCGACGGGUAUGAGAGUUAUGGCUCAAAAAUAUGCUAUAAAAACAAAUUUCAAAACCAUAUGAGCUUUUUACAAAUAAGAAAGGAUUCUAAUGUUUGGAUUUAACUGCAUUAGAAUGUAUAUAAAACGAAGCAUGAUUAGAUACAAAAAAGGAUGUAUAUGCUUUUCGGUUUUAUUUCUUGUUGCUCAAAGACUCGAUUUUCUCCGACUUUAUGAUACAAAAUCAAAUUCAUUUUUUCUAAACUCUGUAUUAAGUCAAAUGCUAAACAUAUAUGAAUUAAAGGCUUGUGGUGAGUACGGAAAGCAAGGUGAAGUGCAACUUAUAGCCAUUUUAAGGAUUUCUGUUUAAAAACUACUUGAAAUUUACGUAACUUUACAGAUUCGCUGGUUCAAAAUUAACUUCAGGUUCCAAAUAUGACUUCACACAACUUUGGAGUAAUCUGCCAAAUUUUAUUUUUGCACAAUUAAUUCGCAAAAAGAUUUCAAUUGAAUACAUAUACUAACUGUUAACUUAAAAUGGCAUGAUGUAAACUGAAAGUUCAUGAGGUUUUUACAACUGGAGAAGCUGCAGCGUACUCUGGGUGCAUAUGAAGCCGAUGAGUACAGGUUAUGCUUUCAGUUAUGCCUUGAAAUGAAAAACAAUUCCAAAUCCUCUUUUUCUACAAGCAAGGAAGCUGAACUUAUAAGAUGGGCUUUAUCACCCCUUACAGCCCAUCAUCAUAGGCCACAAAUCUCAAACAUAGAACUUUGAAGAAGCCCAACAACAACGACAUCGUACAUCAAGAACAGAACUAGUAGACUGUUGUCCCUGUAACUCCGACACAUCCCGGCCGUCGGUCGAAUGCUUCAAGCUCUCCUUAAAUUCCGUAAACACAGACAGGCUAAUUCACUUCUCUUUCACCUUUCUUCUUUUCCCAGAAAACUUCAACUUCAAUACUUCCAUCCACUUUCUUCAUCUUCUACAAAACCAAUAUAUACUAGCCAAUUAAGCUUUUCGGAUAAAAAAGGUGAGAUUUUGUACAACCCCAUCAUUCAAGAUUGUCUUCUUAAGUUAUCUGAGAUCUCCCCUGCAACUGUUCGUAGAUUUUGGAGAGUUACUGUGUUGAGUCCCAAUGAUUUUCUUGAAAUUUUGUUGGGUUUUGAAAAUGAUAGUGGAGUUCUUGAGGUUGAGGUUAAAAAGAUUGAAUCUUUAUGGGGAAUUUAUAUAUGGGCUAGUAAGCAAAUUAGGGACUUUAGGCAUCUUGAUAAGGCAUCUAGGAUUAUUGCAUCAAUGCUUGUUCGGGCCGGGUUGUUUAAGGAAGCUGAAUGCUUGGAUUCCUUGUUGGAUAGCCAAGGAGUUUUCUUGGAUAAUCAUGAGAUCUACAGUUAUUUAAUUGAAGUGUUUGUGGGUGAUUAUCGAUUAGAGAAUGCUAUUGCGUGUUAUGAUCGAAUGAAGGUGCGGGGUUUAAACCCAUCGAUUUCAUGUUACGGGGUUAUACUUGAGUUUUUGAUUCAAAUGCAUGAAACACAAUUGGCAUUUCAAAUUUAUGCUGAUGCUAUAGAUGCUGGCUUUGGAAGGAAUGUAUCUGAAGGGGGUAUAUAUGAGGGUGUUGUCAGACUGUUAUGUGCUGAUGCGAAAAUUCAGGAUGCUAGGAAUCUGGUUAAGAAGGUUCUUGUUUUUGGAAUUGAACCUAAUUAUUUAAUCCUCGAUUCUAUUGCUUCUGGUUAUUGUAAUAAACGAGAUUAUGAUGAUCUACUGAGUUUCUUUGUCGAGAUUUGUUCUAUGCCUGAUGUAACCAUAGUCAAUAAGUUCAUCCAGUCUGUCUGUCGACAGUUUGGUGUUGCAAGUGGGAACUCGUACUUGCUGAAGUUAGAUCAACUGGGUUUUGAUAUGAAUGGAAUAACAUUUGGGAUUUUGAUUGGAUGGGCGUGUCGCGAAGGAAAACUGAAGGAUGCCUUCUUUUAUCUCUCAGAGAUCCUGUCAAGAAAUCUAAAGCCCCAUAUAUAUUCCUAUGAUGCAAUUCUUAGUGGGCUUUUCAAGGAGGGUAUGUGGAAGCACUACCAAGACAUUCUUCAAGAAAUGGAAGAUCAGGGAGUAGAACCGCAAAUAUCAACUUUCAGGGUUCUUUUAGCUGGGUUUUGUAAAGCUAGGCAAUUUGAUGAAGUGAACACAGUGGUGUCUAAGAUGGUAGAUUGUAGCUUGAUCCAACUAUCGCCUUCAGGAGAUCCACUUUCUGGAGCUUUCAGAUUCUUAGGUCUCAAUUCUUCUGCUGUGAGAAUCAGAAGAGACAAUGAUAUAAGAUUUCACAAAGCAGAAUUUUUUGAUAAUCUUGGGAAUGGGCUUUAUCUGGAUACAGCAGAUGUGGAAGAGUAUGAGAGAGCUAUUGAUAAAGUCCUUAAUGAUGCCAUGCUUCCUGAUUUUAACACUUCUAUAUGUAAGGAUUACAUGAAAAAAGACAUGAAAGAUGCUAUGAUGCUGGUGAAUCAAAUGUCUAGUUGGGGGCAAGAAAUAUCUCUGGGUGCUCUGGAUACCUUAGUAAAAGGGCUCUGUGCAUCCAGCACUUGUAUUAAGACCAUUUCUGGUCUGUUGAAGAAAGUUCCAAAUUUGACAUAUCAGCUUGAUCAAGAAACUCUAAAUAAGCUUGUUCAGAAAUACAGCAAAAAGGGAUCUGUACACAAUGCAAGAGCAAUUUUGCAUGGCAUGCUAAGUAGACAUAUAAGACUUGACCGUGAAACUCAUACUGCUCUGAUGAUGGGCUUAUGCAAGAAAGGGGACCUGACAGGUCUAACUUCUUACUGGAAGUUUGCCCGAACUACUAACUGGUUACCUGAUUUGAAGGAUGGAAAAACACUCUUCAGUCGCCUAUGCAGGCGAAGACGGAUUAAUGAAGCACUGGAGCUUUUUAAAGCCUUGCUGGUGCUCUACCCUGAUGAAGUAUGUGAUUCUUUUCAUGUGUUCCUUGAAGAGCUCAGUGCUAAAGGGUUCACAAGCCCUGCCAAGGUUCUUGCAAAGGAAAUCUUAAGCGGGGGCUGUACUUCUAGUCACUCGGCUCAUAGCCAUCUUAUUCAGGAGUUUUGCAAAUGGAGAAGUUUUGGAGAAGCUGAUGUCGUCUGUGAUAGCAUGCUUGCAAAGGACUGGAUCCCCCCUUUGGAUGCAUCUCUUCAAUUAAUUCCUCAGCUGUGUAGGUCCGGUAAUUUUGACAAAGCUGUUGCGCUGAAAGAUAUUUGUUUAAGAGAUGAGCCUCCUGCUAUGAUUCCUUUAUACUGUGCUUUAAUUCAUGGGUAUUUCACGUCAGGCAGGGUUGGAGAAGCAACCAGUCUCUUCCAGGAGACAUUGGCAAAGGAGCUAUCUCUGAAUGUCGAAAUUUGUGAUGUUCUAUUUCAGGGAUACUGUCAAGCUAACAAGAGGAAGAAAGUUGAGGAGCUGCUUGGUGUUGUGAUAAGUAAGUACUUAGAUAUCAGCAUUGCAAGUUACCGCAAUAUAGUGCGGCUGAUGUGUACAGGAGGCAAGCUAUCUACAGCAUUAUGCCUGAAAGAAUAUAUGCUUAGCAAAAGCAACCCUCCUACAGUUGUGAUUUAUAAUAUUUUGAUUUAUUCCCUUUUCUCAUCUAAUAAAACAUCAGUUGUUAAUACUCUUAUACAUGAGCUCCUAGAUAAAGGACUGCAACUAGAUGAGGUGACUUACAAUUUUCUCGUUCAGGGGUUCUGUUGGUGUAAGGAUUUGUCAUCUGCCACACAAUAUCUAAAAUCUAUGAUGCAGAAAGAUCUGAGGCCAAGUAACCGUAGUUUGAGAGAGAUGAUCAAAUGCCUUUGUUGUUAUGGGGAGCUUGAAGAAGUUUUAGCCUUGAGCAAAGAAAUGGAGUUCAGAGGUUGGAAUCUUGGUUCAGUCAUUCAAAAUAAUGUAGUAGAGACCCUACUUUCUCAUGGUAAACUAGGUGAAGCCAUAAACUUUUUGGACCGAAUGGCAAUAAAAGGCCUCAUUCCUGAAAAUAUUGAGUAUAAUUAUCUUAUUAAGCGACUUUGUCAGCAUGGAAGGGUUGAUAAAUCUGUAGAUCUUUUGGACUUUAUGUUGAGAAAAGGGAAUGUGCCAGAGUCUAGUAGCUUUGAUUAUGUGAUUCAAAGUUUCUGUACUAGGCGUAAACUGGAUGUAGCGCUGAAUUUCCAUGCAGAGAUGUUGUGUAGAAAUCAAAGGCCAAGCAUAAACACUUGGAGCGUUCUGAUCAAGAGCUUAAGUGGAGGAGGACAACUUGUAGAGGCAGAGAAACAACUCGAAUCAAUGGUCCAGCUUGGUGAAAUCCCCAGGAGGGAAACAUAUACCUUGCUGAUCAACAUGUAUCGCUCCCAGAACAAUCUUAACAAGGCAUCCGAGCUCCUACGUUCCAUGCAACGUUGUGGAUAUGAACCUGACUUUGAAACUCACUGGUCUCUGAUUAGCAAUUUGAGGGAUUCAAGAGAUAAAAAUGAUGGCAAGCAGAAUGGAGGAUUUUUGUCCAGAUUUCUUUCUGAAAUUGGAUUUUCCAGAAAGAAUAAAGGGGGAUGACAGCAUAUCUUGUACCAUAGUUUGUGAAUGAUAAGCUUCUUGUUUGUUAUCCUCAUUUUAGCUUAUGUAUAUUUUUUGUUUUAGUCGGUCUUGAGUGCAGAAGACUGAAGUUGGCUCUGCCCUGCCCCCCACCCCACCCCCUUUUUUUAAAAAAAUAUAUUUAUAUCUUGGUCUCAC